AAAGUUGAAACAAAUCACACAGAAAACAAGUGGCGAAGUGUAAACAAUAAACGUGUCCGCUACUCUUUCGUAGCGAAGAUGACUAAGCGUUGGACGCAUUCACCAAACAGUCAAUACUCUCUCUCUCGCUCGCUCUUUCUUCGAUACCCACCUUCUCGUUUGCUUCCUAUUUAUUCCUUCUCGAAUCCGUCGGUCUGCACUCUAGAAUCCGCCCUUGAAGUUUCAAAAUAGAUCUCCAGAUUUUUAUCCUUCAGGAUAUGUAACAAGUUGAAAAAUUGCUUUUCAUUUUUCAGAUUCACAAUGACACUCCUUUCUCUCCCCUAUGGCCAUUUUUGGAGGCUGUGCGCACAAAUUUGGUUAUGGUUUUUGCUGUUGCUCUUUCCACAUAACAUAAAAAGCACAUUAUCAGCUUCCAAUUAUUUGAUUGGGCUUGGAAGCUAUGAUAUAACAGGACCUGCAGCAGAUGUCAAUAUGAUGGGGUAUGCUAAUAUGGAGCAGAUUGCGUCAGGAUUGCACUUCAGAUUGAGAGCUCGGGCGUUUAUUGUGGCAGAGCCCCAGGGAAAGAGGGUAGUAUUUGUAAAUCUUGAUGCCUGCAUGGCUUCCCAGCUUGUGACAGUUAAAGUGCUUGAGAGGUUGAAGGCAAGGUAUGGAGAUCUAUAUAAUGAACAGAAUGUUGCCAUUAGUGGUAUUCACACUCAUGCUGGACCUGGAGGUUAUCUUCAAUACAUUGUAUAUAUUGUGACAUCCCUUGGGUUUGUGCGUCAAUCAUUUGAUGUCAUUGUUGAUGGCAUUGAGAAGAGUAUCAUACAAGCUCAUGAGAAUCUCCGCCCAGGAUCAAUAUUUGUUAAUAAAGGAGAGCUGUUAGAUGCUGGUGCCAAUCGUAGUCCUAGUGCAUAUCUCAAUAAUCCUGCAGGCGAACGAAGUAAAUAUAAAUAUGAUGUUGAUAAGGAGAUGACACUUCUAAAGUUUGUAGAUGAUGUAUGGGGUCCUGUAGGUAGCUUUAACUGGUUUGCAACCCAUGGAACUUCUAUGAGUCGUACAAAUGCAUUAAUAAGCGGUGACAACAAAGGAGCUGCUGCACGAUUCAUGGAGGACUGGUAUGAACAGAAUGUCUUUCCAAAAGGUGUUGAAUCCUCUGAAGAGGAUGGCAUUGCUGGUGUUGAGCUGAAUGGUAUCCCCCGAAGAGUCUCAAGCAUAAUUCCCAAUCUUCACAAAAACCAUGAUGAAUUAAAAGCACUUGCUGCCUCAUUCCAGUCUUCCCAUGGAAGACCAGCCACAAGGUUUCUGAGUGUUGCAAGUCGUGUCAGGGGUUCUCUCAGGAAAGCUGACAGGCCUAUGUUCGUCUCUGCAUUUUGUCAGUCAAACUGUGGAGAUGUUAGUCCAAAUGUGCUUGGUGCUUUCUGCAUAGACACUGGACUACCUUGUGAUUUCAAUCACAGUACCUGCGGUGGGAAGAAUGAAUUGUGCUAUGGCCGGGGCCCGGGUUAUCCAGAUGAAUUUGAAAGCACACGUAUCAUUGGAGAUAGGCAAUUCAGAAAAGCUGUGGAUCUCUUCAACAAGGCAUCUGAGCAGUUGACUGGGAAGGUUGACUACCGACACACCUAUUUAGACUUCUCCAAGCUUGAGGUAUCAAUUCCUAAACAGGGGGGAGGUCAAGAAGUGGUGAAAACAUGCCCUGCUGCCAUGGGAUUUGCCUUUGCUGCAGGAACCACUGAUGGACCUGGAGCUUUUGAUUUCAAGCAAGGUGAUGAUCAGGGUAAUCCAUUUUGGAGGUUGGUGCGUAACUUACUGAAAACACCAGAUAAGGUGCAAGUUGAUUGUCAACAUCCAAAGCCUGUUUUGCUUGAUACUGGUGAAAUGAAGGAACCAUAUGACUGGGCGCCUUCAAUACUUCCAAUUCAGAUUUUGAGGAUAGGGCAACUAGUUAUUCUCAGUGUACCUGGAGAAUUCACAACAAUGUCUGGAAGGCGCCUUCGAGAUGCUGUGAAGGAAGUACUCAUCAGUGGAGGUAUUAGAGGAAAUAUUCAUGUUGUCAUUGCAGGGCUUACAAACACUUAUUCCCAGUAUGUGACUACCUUUGAGGAAUACCAGGUGCAAAGAUAUGAGGGUGCCUCUACACUGUAUGGACCACACACACUAAGUGCCUACAUUCAAGAGUUCAAAAAGCUUGCAGAGGCUCUUGUUGGCGGCCAAGAUGUUAAACCAGGUCCACAGCCCCCAGAUCUUUUGGACAAGCAAAUUAGCCUACUAACGCCAGUGGUCAUGGACGCAACACCUCCUGGAGUUAAUUUUGGGGAUGUAAGAGCUGAUGUCUCUAUCAACUCUACGUUCAGGAAGGGAGACAUGGUGACAGUAACUUUCUGGUCUGCUUGCCCAAGGAACGACCUCAUGACUGAAGGCACAUUUGCACUGGUGGAGAUUCUGAAGGACAAGGAUACAUGGGUACCGGUUUAUGAUGACGAUGAUUUCUGCUUACGCUUCAAGUGGUCGAGGCCAGCAAAACUCAGCACACGCAGCCUAGCUACCAUAGAAUGGAGAAUCCCAGAGAUGGCCAUUUCAGGUGUGUACAGGAUAAGUCAUUUUGGUGCCUCAAAGAGCCUUUUUGGGUCGAUCAACCAUUUCACAGGUUCGUCCCGUGCAUUUGUGGUGUUAUAGGGAGGCUUCUUUGUUUAUGUAUUGGUUACUAAGUUACAAUAUUUAUAAUUUGCCUUACUGUAACAUGUUAGCUGUUCAUGGUUUCCACGUUAAUGAAGUCACCCAGCUUACAAAAGCUCUAAACC